AUGCAUAACGCCACCAACGCUGCCGCCGCUGUCGACUCGAGCGUCAAAUCGCCUAUCGACGUGCAAGAUAAUGCCAUUGUCGAAUCUCAGCAUUCGGCCGAUAAGACCGACGAGGUCUUUGUUGAGGAUGCUACUCCGACCAUCAAUCGAAAGGCCGAGAGAAAACUCGUCCGCAAACAGGAUAUGAUCAUUCUUCCUCUGCUCGGCAUUGGCUAUAUGAUGGGGGUGUUGGAUCGAAGCAAUAUCGGCAAUGCUCGUCUCAUGGGUAUUCAGAAAGAUCUUAAUUUGAGCAAUCAUCAGUACUUCCAAGUUCUGAUGGUGACUUAUAUCGGUUUCCUAGUCCUUCAAACUCCAGCGGCUCUUCUAAUGAAGAUCCUGGCUCCUCGCUGGGUUCUCGGCGGGUCCAUCGCCAUGUUUGGUCUUGUUGCCGCACUGUUCUCCAAGGCGCGUAAUUUUGCCGAUCUCAUCGGUCUUCGUCUACUUCUGGGCUUCGGAGAGGCCAUCGUGCCGCUGUCGUUCUUGUACAUUAGCAUGUGGUACAAGCAUGACGAGCUGGCGCUAAGAGGCUGCUUGAUCUAUUGGUCGACUAGUGUCGCCAGCUUUGCUGGUGGUUUGAUUGCUUAUGGGGUCGAGAAGAACAUCCACAAUGCACACGGCCUUCGAAGCUGGCAGUGGUUGUUCAUCGUGGAAGGGGUCCCGACAUUCGCCGUGGGACUGGCCAUCAUCAUCUUCUUGCCUCCCUAUCCAGACAAGGUGGUCGCUAAGGGGCAUUUCCUGUUCAGUCGCUCCGAGAACGAACUACUCCUUGCGCGUACCAGGGCCAGCCAGAACACCGCAGGUGCCAAGGUGGUGCCCCGCCAGAUUUGGAUUGCGUUCAAAGAUCCUAAGACAUACCUAGGCUCUCUGAUGCUCUCGGCCGUGGGCUUGAGCGCCGCCGCAUUUGCCGUUUUCCUCCCGACCUUCAUAAACGCGUUUGGGUUCGACCGGCUUACAUCGCAACUCUACACCAUCAUCCCUUACAGCUUCGCCGUGGUGUCGAUGCCCGUGGCCUGCUGGCUCUCGGACCGUUACCAGCAACGCGGACUGGCGAUGGCGAUCUGUCUCGGCAGCUGUCUCAUCGGCAUCAUCAUCAUCUUGGCUUCGCCCAACCCGACUGUAUCUAUGGUAGGCACCUGUUUCGUUGCCGCAGGUACGUAUCCGGGCAACCCUAUCGCGGUAGCCUGGAUCAGCACCAUUCACGGCGGCUACACCAAGAGAAGUACCGUCUACGGCAUCCAGCAGGUCUUCAUCAACAGCUUCAUCAUCAUGGCCACCCAGGUCUUCGACACCCCGCCCAAGUUCUAUAAAGGCAACGGCAUCUUGCUGGGCAUCUUCGCCGUCGCCUUCUCUUCAACUGCGAUCCUUUAUUUUUGGUUGAGAAACGAGAACCGCAAGCGUGAUGCCGCUGCUGAAGCCCGUCGUAACGGAUCUGCACCACCACUGCCCACCGACAUUGGCGACUUCGAGACCCUCUGUGAUUAUCAUCCAGAUUGGAGAUAUCCGCUCUGA